AUGUCUGGUGUGAGCGAGGAAGUAAGUUCCAGUGACACUGGAGAAAAUAGAUUGGUGACUAGUGAUAACAGUACUGAAGAAUCAAUCAGGGCAAAUGCUGAAGAGGUUGAUUUUAACGCACAAGUAGAUGAGCAACGUCGUCGCAUGCAACCAACGAAACUGGAGUCUUUUUUUGCUAUAACCAAAUCUCUUAUUAUAAGAGCUUUAGUAAUUUAUUUUAUUACAUCUAUGUUUCGACCGGCGUCACCGCCUAAACCUGCUGAUGUCCACAAUCCUUCUGGAACAUCGCGUGUACCAGCAGUGAAUAUGUUUUCUAAUGGGACAGUAUUGGACAUGUAUUGUUACAUAUCUGAUAAAGAAUUCUUAGGAAAUUUUAAUGACUCUCAAUUCAUAUGGAAGCAGGCUGGUUUAAUUUAUGGUGACUGGUAUGGAGGUCCCAACGGAGAUGGCACAUACACAUAUUCUACAGAAAUUGUGCCUACAAAAACAUUAUUAAAUAAUGGCUCCAUUUAUCUCCACACAUAUAUAGUUCCAUCAGGAAAAUCACCAGAUCCUAAAGAUAGGAGCAACUAUGCUGGUUCCCAUAUAACAUAUGGUAAAAAAAUGUUAAACAAAUACAAAAAGUUGCGAUAUCAAAAAACGCAUAAUCUUUUAACUGGACAGACAGAAAAAUCAGAAGAAGAAGUUAAAAAAGCUGAGACAUUAAAGGAAGAAAUAGUAUCCCAUUGGCAUCCCAAUUUGACUAUCAAUCUUGUUACUGAUCAAACUAACUGGAUGCAGGGUAGUGUGCCACCACCCCUCGAUGAAUUUAUUUACUUUUUGCCGGAUGGUAAAACAUACAAACCAGCAGUGUUCCUGAAUGAUUAUUGGAACAUGAUGCGUGACUAUGUUCCUAUAAACAAAACUACAACCAAACUUACGUUACAAUUGACUUAUCAACCUUUAAGUCUUUUUAAGUGGCAAUUGUACACUGCCCAAGCAAUGCGAGAUAAACUUAGUGUUUUCUCAGCAUUGGGUGCUGAAGAACAGGACGAAGAACAAGACACUGUAAAAGAAUUACUCUUGGAUACAUCGCCAUAUUUACUGGCAUUGACAAUAUCUGUGUCAGUACUUCAUUCUAUAUUUGAAUUGCUGGCUUUCAAGAAUGAUAUCCAAUUCUGGAAUAAUAGACAGUCGCUGGAAGGACUGUCUGUAAGAUCAGUAUUCUUUAAUGUUUUUCAAUCAACCGUUGUGUUACUUUAUGUUCUCGACAAUGAGACGAAUGUUAUGGUUCGUAUUUCUUGCUUCAUUGGCUUAAUGAUAGAAAUUUGGAAAAUUAACAAGGUAAUGGAUGUCAAGAUAAAUAGAGAGAAGCGAAUAUUUGGAAUUCCUACAUUGACUUUCAAAGAUAAAGGUUCCUAUGUGGAAUCUAGUACUAGAGAAUACGACACCUUAGCUUUCCGGUAUCUCAGUUGGGCCUGCUUUCCUCUUUUGAUUGGGUACGGUGUCUACUCUUUAUUGUACCAGGAGCAUAAGGGAUGGUACUCCUUCGUUCUGAACAUGAUGUAUGGUUACUUAUUGACCUUUGGAUUUAUUAUGAUGACGCCUCAGUUAUUCAUUAACUACAAAUUAAAGUCGGUUGCACAUUUGCCUUGGCGCAUGAUGACAUACAAAUUCCUCAAUACAUUCAUUGACGACAUAUUCGCAUUUGUAAUUAAAAUGCCAACAAUGUAUCGUUUAGGCUGUUUUAGAGAUGAUAUUGUAUUUUUCAUUUUCUUAUAUCAACGCUGGAUUUACAAAGUUGAUCAUAAACGCGUCAAUGAAUUUGGAUUUUCUGGAGAAAUGGAGCAACAGAAAAAAGAAGCUGACAAUGGCAAUUUAGCUAUAACUCAAAGUGAACAUCAAGAACCCUGUGACAAGAAGAACGAUUGA